CAUACUACCAUUCCUAGAAACAUCGACCUGCUUUGUUUACCUGUGUUGUCAAACACCCACCAUUGCCUUUUAUAAGUUUCUUGUUGUAGAAGAAGAGUUUUUAAGGCUAUUAAAACUGUCUGGUGAGUGAUGGAUGAUCCAGGCAGAAUGAUGGGCCAUACCGGAGGCGGUCUGAUGCCCCCUCAGCCGUACGGUAUGAAUCCUCAGGGCGAUGCUCCUUCGGGGGGCGAAAACGAGCCCCGCAAGCAGGAUAUUGGAGAAAUUCUCCAACAAAUCAUGAAUAUCACCGACCAGAGUUUGGACGAGGCCCAGGCAAGAAAACACACACUGAACUGCCAUCGAAUGAAGCCAGCAUUGUUUUCCGUCUUGUGUGAAAUUAAGGAAAAGACCGUGUUGUCCCUUAGAAAUACCCAAGAGGAGGAGCCCCCAGAUCCCCAACUGAUGAGACUGGAUAACAUGUUGAUUGCUGAAGGAGUUGCAGGACCUGAAAAGGGGGGUGGUGCUGGGGCUGCUGCAUCUGGUUCGGCUGCUGCUCAAGCAGACCUCUUCCCAGGUCAGCCGGAUAACGCGAUCGAGCAUUCGGAUUACAGGGCCAAACUGGCCCAAAUCCGACAAAUUUACCACCAAGAGCUCGAGAAGUACGAACAAGCUUGUAACGAGUUCACUACUCAUGUAAUGAAUCUCCUGCGAGAACAGUCUCGAACUAGGCCUAUUACGCCUAAAGAAAUUGAACGGAUGGUGCAAAUCAUCCACAAAAAAUUCAGCUCAAUUCAGAUGCAACUCAAACAAUCCACCUGCGAAGCUGUCAUGAUUUUAAGGUCUAGAUUUUUGGAUGCCAGAAGGAAACGCAGGAAUUUCAGUAAACAGGCGUCCGAAAUUCUGAAUGAAUAUUUUUAUUCGCACCUAAGCAAUCCGUAUCCCAGUGAAGAAGCGAAGGAGGAGUUGGCUAGAAAGUGUGGCAUCACUGUCAGCCAGGUGUCCAAUUGGUUUGGAAACAAACGUAUUAGAUAUAAAAGAAAUAUGGGAAAAGCCCAAGAGGAGGCAAAUCUAUAUGCUGCCAAGAAAGCUUUUUCACAUUAUGAAUACAAAAAGAACAUAGGCAAAGCUCAAGAGGAAGCGAAUCUGUACGCGGCCAAGAAGGCGGCUGGGGCGUCGCCUUACAGCGGCACGCCCACCCCCAUGAUGUCUCCUGCGCCGCCGCAGGACUCGAUGGGUUAUUCCAUGGGCUCGGCUUACGACCAAGGCUCAGCGUACGAUGCCAGCAGCUGCGGCUACGAUCCCAUGCAUCCGCAGGAACUGUCGCCUUAAGAGCAUCCUCAGCUUUAGCUUAAACACUCAGUAUACUACUUUCGCGUAUCUAAAUAUAGGCCUAUUUGACAAUGCUUCACGAGUUGCGGUAAGUUUCAUUUAUAUAGCUACGAUUUUUAAUGUAGUGGUUUUUUAUAGUACUACUUUGUAAUAUUUGGCAGCACUGCAACUCGAUAAACAUUUCAAAACUGAACAAGUAUACGAUACAUACCUUGUAUACGGAGCAUUCCAUACCAAAUCGACCACUUUUAACUGAAACAUUUUUAUCAUUUUCUACCCUAUCAAAAAUAUUUUUCAGAAUUUUUUUAAAUUUAUUCUCCAAAU